AUGUCAAGGACGGAUUACAGAUACCAAAACUUUCCCAGCGCUGCUCCUCAAACACGGCCGCAUCAUCAGCAGCAGCAGCAGCAGACCGCACCGGCGUCGCAGCAAAGUUACCGGCGCGGAGGUUAUAAGUAUGCUCAGCCCAGGGCUCUGCAACCGAAACCGGAAAAGCCGCCUCCGUAUCCUUCGUCCAGGCAGCACGCGGAGUCAGCUUCGGUAUCCUACACGCCGAUGAAUAAAAAACCUGCGCCCUCCCAGGCGCAGAAAGGACAGCUAAAAUGGACUAAUUAUAUUCCUUCCAGCUUCGGAGGAAGAAACCCCAACGACUGCGUUCCGAAUCAGCAGCUGAUGCAGAACCUAACGGGUUCCGUACGGACCAGUCCUACGGAACAUCGCCCCGCCAGCUCGGUGACCGCCGCUGUGCCGCCGUCUUAUAAUCAGUCGAUGAGAAACGCGACCCAGAGUUACAACGUGCAGAGCGGGCAGUCCUUUCCCAACCAGAAUUACCCCCCGCAGCCCGUGCAAAGCGGGCAGUCCUUUCCUAAUCAAAAUUACCCCCCGCAGUCCUUUCCUAAUCAAAAUUACCCCCCGCAGUCCUUUCCUAGCCAAAAUUACCCCCCGCAGCCCGUGGAAAGCGGGCAGUCCUUUCCCAACCAAAACUACCCCCCGCAGCCCGUGCAGAAACCCACACAGCAGCCUUUUGCCUACUCGCCGGAGCAGACUGCUGGCGUCCCGCACUUACUGGGUUACAAUGGCCUCACGUCGUUGGACGCCAAGAAGCACGAGGAGGUUUUAAUGCUUCUUAAUGUGUACAGAAAAGUGAAGCGGGACCUCGUGCAAAUUUACAUGGAAAGGAAACUCGAAAGGCAAAACAUGCAGCUUUCUAACGGCGCGGUGCCGCAAAACACCAAUUCCAUGGCGUCGCUUAAUCCUCAGGUUACGCAAACGCCUUUCACUGCCAACACGCAGGCUGCCCCGGGGCCGACGAGCGGUAGGGCAACAGAUCAGCAAAACACAAUGCAUGGGGUCCCGGUACAAGUAAUGAAUAAAGGAAACCAACUACACCCCUGCCCGUCCCAGAACUUUGACUCGAGUCAAAGCAUGAGCCCCGAUAUGAGGAAUAUGGUUACCCAGGACGUUUAUGCCGUGUCUGAUGUUGAAUACUUGAGUUCCAUGAGUGCUCUUUCUCAUCCCAAUCAGUCUUUCAACCUGGACUCCGUCGUGAAUAAAGAGGUCGAAGAAAGAGCUAUGACAAUGUCUCUGGUGGACAGCGCGUCUGCUGGCGCCGUGCCUCAGGCCAGCAGGGAAAGCGCAAGCCACCAGUUUGCUUCUAAUGUUCGAAGGGAAUGUGGGACGCAAGGUGGGUUACCCAAGCAAGCAGACUUUUCUACAACCUCUCAGGCGCAUGGUGAGGCGCCUCGUCUUCAGGGUAACGGAGCGGGGCCCGGCGUAGGCUUGGAAAAUGCCAGAGGCCGUCCAGAUAACCUCAAAGACUCUUUGCCGGCUGUGCCGCCCAAAGAGAACGAGGAUGUCUUGUCUCGUUCUUUGGAAGCCUUAGAGACGUGUCUGUCUUUAUGGAAAUCACAAAAUACCCCUCCCGGUUCCGGUCAACCUUUAUCGGCAGGCAACGUCCUAACGCCAGACGAGGACUCCGAUCAAAGUAACAGCGUAUCCAAAGAAUGCAUGGUAGGAACCAGCGACGCGUCCGAUUUAUCCGGGUCGACUUUCGUCGUUUCUGGUUUCAACCAAGAAGGGUCGUCCAGCAGUCUUUCAAAGGUCAUGGAACCUCAAAUUGCGAUAGUUUCACCCUUGGUGCAGUCAAACAUGAAAAGCCAUACGGACGCGAGUCAAGCGGAGACCCCCGAACAAUGUCCGGUCAUUGAGGAAGGCAGCGUCUGCAGCUUAAGCUCCGUAGAUAAAAAGGGAACCCUGCCCUUGGGACUGAAAGUCCAGUUACUAAAAGAGUUUAAUGCUGUUAUGGGUGAUCUGGAAGUCAUGGACAAAACUCUCCUGCAUGGUGGUUUAGCAGACUGCCUCUCUGUACCGAAAAGUAGCGUCGCCGAGUCAGAAAGUGAACUGAUUAAGUCUAAUGAAGAAAGGGACGCUAACGAAGGUGGGAGCUUGCAAAUAUCCAGCAUAUGUUCCCUUGUUGAAGGCAACUCCUUCUAUGACUCGGCGAUUGCCAUGAUUUUUGGUGAUGGGAAAGGCAAUUUAUGGCCGGUGGAUAAGGAUAUGAAUUCUCAUGGUCGCGACCAUCAAGAUAAACUCGAGAGAGAGCAAGACGUGGGCAUUUCUGAGGCUCCCAACGAAGCCUCUUUGGGCUAUAAUUCCGAACGAAGGGUAACGGACGUUCGGGUUGAAGGUCUUGAAUCUCCAUCGUUGACUUCAGAAUGCUCAGAGGUUGUCAUGAGUAAUGAGGACCUUGGUGUAGAUGGCAGCGAAAUGGAACGGUCGCCGACGGGAAUGUACGGCGGCGAUCUGGGCUCCACCAAGGUAUCUGAUCAGUUGUCUGAUCUUCUAACAGAAUUCCCAUUUGGAAUAGAAAACUACGCGAUGGAAAGCAAAGUGGAGAAUCCCGAGCCGUGUGGAGAUAAAGUAGAACAAGCGUCUCCUCCCCCUAUCAAAACCGAGAAGGAUUCCGUAUCCAAAGACGAUCUACCUCUCUUAAAGGAAAUUUCCAAGGAAGAUAGACCUCUGGUCGAGAGAGUGUCCUCAACCUUCAUGGAAAUGUUGGUAAAUCUUGAAAACAUGGAGGAGCUUCCCGGUAAAGACACCGUGAUGGAUCACUCCUCCGAAGGUGUGGACCAAGGCCAGACCAAAGAAACGUCUUUCAAGGAUUCUAAUCUGGUCAAGAAGGAAACCGAACAAAGUUCAAACCAAGAGUUACCCGAUAAGAAUCUGUUUUGUUGUUUGUUUAGCUGGAUGACGCAUGCCUAUGGAGGUGCGCCGAAAUGCUCGUGUAAAUUACCAGAGCGCGAUAACGCUGAGAAGUCUACGGAAGACUCAGAGAACGGCACAAUGUCUUCUGUGAAGGAUGAAGGCUCCAAGACCUUGAAGGUCUCUGUGAAUGACACAAUGUCUGCUGUGUCUUCUGUGAAAGUUGAAGACUCGGGGAGCUUGACUUCAGAAGAUCUUCAGGAAAAGGUUGAAAGCCGUCCCGAUAAGUCCCCGAACGUUAAUGGCCAAGUUGCAGAUGGCAACGGAGAAGACUUUCCUGCGGCUAACGUGGUCUGCAAACAAGAGCCGUGCGCUAACGAAUGGGAACCUCAGGUGCCGUGUGCCGCAUCUGAUUUGGUGGGCGAGUCGGAGAGAUCAGAAUCUUGCGAAGGAGAGAAUACAAAACCUUCGUGUGAAAACACGGAGUCGGUGAAACCCCACAGCUCACAAUCCAAGAAACACCACAGACCAGAGGGCUCAGGUCCUCAAAAACCCAAAUCGGAUCAAUCGACGUCGCGGAAGGGGGAAAAACUCAUCGUGAAGACAGACUUUUUGAAAAACAGAAACUCUAAAGACAAGAAGAAGCAUUGGAAAGAGAUGAAAAGGUCUCAGUUCUCUGAACGCCAGGCCGAAAUAAGUCAAUCGCCCAAAGAUCCGUCUCCCGAGGGCUCUGCCGACAGACCGGAUUCUCACAGAACGCAGUCUUCUGAAGGUCCUGCCGACAGACCGCGUCCAGACAGAGCCGCUUCUAAAAGUUCAGCUGGCGACGCGGGUAGAAGGCCGGUUUCUGGUGAGGUCGUCGGCAACGUUGUCCGUCCGCUGCCGGCGGAAGUCAAACCUCAGAACCGCACCGCAGACCCUCCUUUAAAGAACGCCGUUACGGAGAAGUCAAUAAAGGUGCUGUCUGGCUUCGAAAAGAGGCCCAAGGAGACUCCUCGCCCCUUAAAAAACAAAGAUGAAAAGCGCGUGAUCGAGAUAUCCAGGAAAGUUCUAACCGUUCAGGAAUACUUGCAAAGAAAGAGAAAGCUUAAUGAGAUCCGUAGCAAGAGGCAAGAGCAAGUAUCGACUGACUCCAAAGCCGCCGGGGCAGUCGGUGAAAAGAACCCCCGUCCUGAAUGGCCCAAAGCGGGGCACGAUGGGAGCAAACACCGAAUAAGUAACGUCAAAAUGCGCAAGUCUCCCGCCAAGGCUAAAAACGUGCCGCCGAAACUAAGCGUGGAGCAAGCCGCCUUGGCCAAGAGUUACAAUCGCUUGAAGAAGGAACGGGAGAAGAUGGUAUCCUGCGGGGCAACCAGUCCGAGGAAAAUGGCUUCCGGCCGGAAGAGUCACGGCAAGAUGUCUUCGCACAACCUUCAGGACCCGAGGAAGCCCGCCGCUUCGAGUAAAGAUAAGAUCUACUUGAGUCCUUGCGUUGGGGUGAAGCGUCAGCCUCACGACAGCAUAAGUUUAACAAAGCUGCAAAUCGGACCUUCGCCUGAUCUGACCCGAGUUAAAAACGGCGGUCGGAGAAAGUCUCUGGAGUCCGGCACGAAGAUUCCCUCCCUGAGUAAUAAGAAGCACGCCAAUAGUCCUAAAAUGCUGGAAUUCAAGCUCUUUCCCGAACUGCUGCAGAAGAGUCCUCUGUCCCACGAACACUCAGGAAGUUCCAAGGCUGCUAAAGAAAAAUGUGGCGUGGAAGCGAUCAAGAGCAAGAAGGAAGCGUGGUGCAGAGAGCUUCCAGCGAAGAAGCGCAAACUGGAAGGCACCGAAGAACAAGGGGACCGAGAUCGGCCGCCUUCGCCCGAAGAGGCUUUCGCUUGUUCGGCCGCCGAGAAAGAAGCUGCCCGACAAAGCCAGGACUCCAGAGCAACGUUCGAUACGUUCAAAAAACUGUAUCUGGAGAAGAAAAGCAAAAGUUAUGAUGGAACCUUCGCAAGCUAGCUCUGCGGACCUCAAAUAGUGACUCACAUUUUUUUUUUUUUUUGUUUUUGUUUUUUUUUUUUGUUCUAUUUACCACAAUUGUUGUGCAAUUGUAAUGGCUACAGUCAAAAUAACAAUAAUCCAGUAUUAAAAAAAGACACAUAAGGGUCAGUUAAUUCAUGG